AUGGCUGGAAUAGGUCUUGUAGCACCUAACCCAUUCCUAGCAACCCCAGGAACCUCCUGUGCCUUGGUCACGAUGGAUUUUGAGCUUCAAAACGUAUUUGACUGCAAGCGGGUUGGACACAGCGGAGAUACCCGACCUCCGCCGCCGCGCAAUCCUGAUCCACUGUUUGGGCGCAGAGGGGCAGCGGAUCUUCGGACAGCUGGAAGUGUCUACUACCGAGAACGUCUGUUAAUGGAGGAUGACGGUCUGACACUUAAGAAGGCGCUCGAUCUAGCGAUCCAGAUCGAAGCCGCAAUGCUGGACGCCAAGCUCCUCAAACAACACGAUGUGACUGUCAGUUCAAAGAAUGUGAAGUGCAAGAUUGCUGGUACUAACCUCUCUUUGAUGAUUGAUGUGGGGGCCAAAGUGUCAAUUCUUAGUGAUAAACUGUAUCAUCGACAUUUCUCACAUUGUAGCCUGUCAUCGACAUCGAGCAAGCUCAUAGCAUAUGGUGAACCACCUACACUGAUUUCCGUUCUGGGCACGGUUGAGCUUCCUGUCGGGUACAAGGAUGUACAUCUCGACAGCUUUACGUUCUACAUAGCGAAGGGCGAGAGCCUUAUGGGAGUCAAUCUGUUCGACGCCCUAGGAUUUCAGAUGAACGACCACACUGGUGAACGCAUUCGGCUCAUAGACAAUGCGUAUAGAGAACGCUAUGCUGCACUUUUCAACGAGUUUGGUAAAUGCAAAGGAUAUUGCCAUGCACCAAGGGUGGAUUCCUCAGUCCCACCUACUGCACAGAGUCUCCGUCGACUUCCGUUAGCUGUCAGGGAUGAAGUCUCAAAGGAGCUUCAUAGGCUUGAAUCCGAUGGCAUCAUCGAGCGCAUCGAUUCAUCCCCGUGGGUGUCUAAUCUGGUCAUCGCACGCCGUAAGAAUGGAGAUCUUAGACUUUGUGUAGAUUUGAGGGCAGUCAACAAGGCAAUCAUUCCGGAUAAGUAUCCACUUCCUACUAUGAAUGAACUUUCAGCUUCAUUCCACGGAGCUAAAGUUUUCUCUAAACUAGACAUGAGACGUAGCUAUCUCCAGUAUCGCCGUAUGCCCUAUGGACUGAACUCAGCACCUAGCGCAUUCCAGAAAAUCGUUUCUUCAGUUCUAGCUGGCAUCGAGGGCACGUUGAAUCUCCUUGAUGAUGUGGUAGUCUUCGGAGAGGACAAGGCUCAGCACGAUCAACGAUUAGCAGAAGUCAUGACGCGCCUCGCCAAGCAUAACUUGACGCUCAACGAGGCCAAGUGCACGUUCGCUGCUUCGGACAUUGAUUUUCUGGGAUAUCAUGUCACUGCAGAUGGUCUGACGCCUACACUCGACAACGUUGCAGCUAUCCGAACACUCCCAGCCCCAACGAAUGUGAAGGAGCUAGCCUCAUUCUUGGGAACAAUGAACUUCUACCGCAAAUUCGUGCCACAAUACGCAGAAAUCGCAGAACCUCUGCAGAAGCUUCUCCGGAAGGAAGCGCUUUGGGAAUGGCACAACGCACAAGAGACCGCAUUCAACACGCUCAAAGGAAGAAUCGCAGAGCCGCCAGUUCUCGCUUACUUCACUCCAAGCGCUGAAACGUACGUGACUACAGACGCGUCAGCGUUCGCUAUCGGAGCAGUGUUAUCGCAAACGAUCGACGGCAGUGUACGUCCGGUCGCAUUCGCAUCUCGAGCGUUGUCGGACACAGAGCGAAAGUAUUCUACAGGAGAACGCGAAGCUCUCGCAUGCAUCUAUGCCUGCAAACACUGGCAUAUGUACCUCUACGGUCGCAAGUUCACACUUCGUACUGACCAUCAAGCCUUAACAACCUUGUUGAGCACUUCAGGAUCUGGACACCGCCCACUCCGCAUCUACAGAUGGUCAGAUCGACUGCACCAAUAUGAUUUCAAGGUCGAAUAUCUCGCGGGUUCACGCAACCGAGUAGCAGAUAUGCUUAGCCGCACACCGAACGCGAAUAGCAAUCGCGAUAGCCAUGCAAGAAGCGACAUCGAAGACGACGUCGAAGACUACGUUCUUAUGGUGAUCUCUCACGUGACCGCAAAGCUUGUGACGCGUGAGCAGCUGAAAACAGAGUCAGCCGCAGAUGCAACUCUACAGAAGGUCUGUCAUUAUCUCCAAACAGCAUGGCCUAGAGAGAUUUCCGAAGACCUCGUUCCAUAUCAUCGUGUUCGCAAUGAGCUAGCUAUCUUCGACGACACGUGUAUCGCCCGUGGCACCCGAGCGGUAAUCCCGAAAUCGCUUCAACAUCGUGUGUUACAAACCGCACAUGAAAGUCAUCCAGGUGUGGUGAAGAUGAAGCAACGAUGUCGCGAAGCAAUCUGGUGGCCAGCGAUCGAUCGACGCGUAGAAGAUCUCGUUAGAUCUUGUGAAGCGUGUACUCUCAGCGAGAAAACUCAACCGCGGCCAGCACCACUGCAGCCGACCCCAUGGCCGAAGAAGCCAUGGCAGCAACUUCAAGUCGACAUCUUUGGGGAAGUCCAAGCCGCUCCCCAAAGUCAGCGAUUUUUGUUAGUUGUACACGACCUCCAUAGCAAGUGGCCUGAGAUAGCAGCAACAAUCAGUCACUACGACAUCAGUCAUUAG